GCGGUCAAAUUGGAAGUCGAUUCAAGCAAAUUGAUCGUACUCUCAUCACCACACAGACAAUAAACUUGUGAUACAAUGGCUGCCAACGGAUACUCAGCAUCAGCACAAAGGGAUGAACAUCUUUCUGGUCUCAAGGGCUUAUCUUCAGGUUCAGGCUCAUAGUGUCCUGGGGUAAAUUGGAAAAGUGGUAAGCUUUCGUUGGAAAAGCAGGUUCCAUCGGUUAAUCCAUUAACGAGAAUCGGAGUUAAAGCAAAUAAAUAGAGAAAUCCGAACAAUACCAGGAAACCCAGGAAAGGUUUAACAACAAUCAAAUCCAUUGUGUUGCAGAUUAAAAUUCAAGUCCAACAGAUUUUCUUAGCGUAAAGCUAUUGGUAAAAUGAUUGAGGAAAUGUGAGGUUAAUCUUCCUCACUUGACUUUAUUCCAACAAUCAACUAACCUACCUAAUUAAUUUACUUGUGAUAAUUGUUGCUGUUGUUUGUUAUUUGACUGUCUAGUUUGUUAAAUAGCAUUUAAUGAUUUUACCAUGGUUACCCUGUUUUAAUUUGAUUUAAUAUUGGACUGUAAAGACCAGUGUUUAUUGUUUGAUUUUAAUUCAUCUUUCCAUUGUUAUUAUAACUGUUUUUAUCUUUCUCACUCUCUCUACCUUUUUGUUUCUGGUUUGAUAAACAACUCACAGUGUUAAGGGUUAAUAUGUAUUCUGGUUGAAAGAUUCAAGUUAUCUAUGGUAAAAAUUACCAUAAAGUAUUAAUCAGCAAACAAAUAGCAAAUAACAACAUCAACAAUAGAGGAGAAUAUGAAAGUAAUUCAUUUGGAACCUGAAUAAUACGUCAAACAAUUGAGGCGAGCCAUUCAAUAUGAUCAAAAACAACGACAAUUUAUCAAGGAAAACUUUAUUUAUUGAUUUGGUCCUAGUUAACCUUUUCUGGUUAACCCUAAUUCGUAGUUAUCCUUUGGUAACAAUUUGGAUCGCUCGCUAACUGAUAGUUUCCUUAAUUCUGACGAUUUCGAUUUGGAAUGAUCAUCUCUAUGAUUAGAAAUUUUCAGUUGCUUGGUUAAUCCAUGGCGCUCAAAUCUAAUUUAGCUUAAUUGGAUAAGUUUGGUCUUAUUUUUAUCUUUGCAGCUAAGCAGAUCCAAAAAUACCCGAUCGCACUUAAAUUGUGUUUACUACGAGGCAUACAUUGUACAAGCCAAUUAACACUUAAAUGAUGGUUGUGAAAUUAAUAUAAUCAAUGCAAGGCCUUUUUUCAUCACAGGGUUAAGUACUGUUUCAAUUGUUGAUCGUGUUAACCAGCAGCAACCAAGUUGUGCGUGUACUUUUAUUAUCAUCUUCAACAGUAGCUUCCAAGGAUUUCAAGUUGUAAACAAGGAUAAACCUUAAAAAUCAACAAGAAACUAGAAGUAAACGCCGACGGGCGAUUCCGAUGUAAACAUGAAAAUAACUGAAUCUUGCAUCAGCUUGUUUGGCUCAUAGUUCAUCGAAAUAUGAUAAAUUGGAAGUCUAAAUAUCGUUUGUGCAUCUCAAGACACCAACCGUUGGAAACUAGAUUUAGCCAAUAAUUAUUCACAAUUGUUCAUCAAAAUACAAGGCUAGCACCAUUGAAGACUAAAAGCAACAGCAGACUCGACUCGCGAGUGUAAUCGAUCUGCUGAAUUUAACUGGUAAAAACUGGAAGUUAAAGCUGGAAGUAUUUAACUAAUAUUGAAACAAACAAUUUGCUAAUCAUCUGAUCCUAAAACCCUUAAAGCAGGCUUACAAGAAGGCUUCUUUACUUUUGCCUUAAGCAAGACUUGAAGGCAAAAUGCGAGUUGUUUUUAUAGCCAACAGAUGGCAGAGAGGAAACUCCUGGUGACUUGAAUGGAAACUUUUAGUUUCCUUCUUUGUCACUCACCUGAUGGAUCAAUGUGGAGAUGAUAAAUUUACUGAAGAAGAUGACGAUUCUGGCUCAAAUUUGGAUCCUCGGAUUGGCUUGAAGCUGGAAGAAUUGAACAAAUGGACUGGUAGAAUAAAUACACUGGAGAAAAGUUUUGAAGAAGCCAAUUCCAAAUUUCGGAUUACUUUAAAUGAAUCAACUGAUCGGUUAAAAUUGUUAUCCACCAAACUGGGAAAAUCUAUUGAUGAUUCUCGACCUUACUAUGAAGCCAAAGACAGAUUAACUGAAGUACAAGCCAAAUGUCAAAAGGCAGCCAUUAACUUUGAGAAAGCCUGUCAAGCUUAUUUGGAAGCAAAAGAACGAAUCAACUUGGCCGAAAAAAAAUUCAACUCAGCCGCUCAUGAGUUUGAUACAACCUGGCAAGAAAUGCUCAAUCAAGCAAAUAUAAAAUUAAUGGAGGCUGAGACGAUGAAAAAAGAAAGUGAAAGACUCCACCACAAUUCAAUGAAAGAUUUCCAUUCAGCUGAGAUGGUGGUUGUCGAUUUAAAGAAAAAACUGAAAGGAUCUUUACAUCGAUCAAAGCGUUAUUUCGAGGAAAAGAAAAGAUUUCAAAAACAGCUAGGCUCAAUCAAGGAAGAAAUUGAAUCAAUCAUAAGUCAAAUUAAUUGCUCAAAAGCCCGUUAUGCAGCUACUCUCAGAGAAUUGGAGGCAAUUUCCGAAGAGAUUCAUGAGAAGCGUAAUUGUUCCCUGCUUAAGCAUUUAAAGAGAGAACCUGGUGUUGGCGCUGAGAUUAAACCUGAAAUGAGGUCCAUUGAGAUGGUUAAUUCUCGGUUAUCGCAACUUGGCUUACAACUAUCUCAAGAUGAUUAUUGCCCGAAAGGAGGGGAAACUGAAGAGACGGAUGAAGAUGAAGAAGAGCCCAGUAGCAGUAAAAGUAUUUCAAGUCAAGCUUCCACAUCUGAUGCCAUGAUGUAUCCUGCUGAUUCUUGUUCUGAUAUUGUUGGUUCAAUCUGUAAACAUAAUGACGAUCAUUUGCAAAGUGAGAAAGAUACUGAUUCAUUCAAUUACGAUGAAGAUGAAGAGGAAAGGGAAGAAGAUCUGGAAUUUAAAAUGAAACAUGAAAAUUUCAUCAACAAUCGCAAGGACAUUCUCGAUGGCGAAAAUGGUGUUCUAAUUGAAUCUAAAGGUUCCUACUUCUGCUCUAUUGAUUCAAGUGUCAUGAGAAAAGAAUCAUCUUCUGACAUUUUGAAUGGAAAAUCAAGUGAAAAUAAUGCAUUUUUUGAGGUUACAUUUAGUUAAUGACCAAAGGACCAACCUAAUUAACUUGUUCCAGUUCUCAUAAAAGUUGCUAUUUUUAUUCAUCCUGCGUUCCUGGAGUUUCAAUCAAAGCUGGUGGUAAAUGAGUUCACUAUCGAUGUAAAAAUGAAUCAGGAAGCUUCUAAUCAUAAACAUUGAUCAUCACCCAUGUAAAUAUAAAACCCAAAUCUAAAACAUUUAAACUUGCUUUCAAAGUCUACCUUCAAACCUUUGGAUAAACUGAAAAAUAUCAAGCAAAUGGAAUGUAGAUAAAGGAAAAGAUUAUUUCGAUUUCCUUCAACCUGGUUAUCAACAUGUACAUUUACAUCAUGACCUUCCAAACAAAAAUUUCAAGUGCCAAUGUAACAAAGUAACAUCAAGGAAGCCAACAUGAAUAUCUCAAGGAUAUUUUAGGUCUCCCUGGCCUUACAUAUUUUCCCGUCCUUCAACCACCACGCUUUUACCAACCAUCUUGCCAGACUCAUGAGUUUAUAAUCAUUCAAUCAUUAUUGUGAAAAACAAUGAAAAAAUAUUCUACGCUUCCAUUGUUAUACUUUUUUGUACACUAAAUUUUGAAACAAAAACGAGUAGAAGCGAACUACUUACUAUUCCUGAUGAUUUCGUGAUCACCGAUGAAAAAAAAGUACAACAUAUUCUGUCCAGACUAACGGAGUUAGUCAAUGUUCUGACUAGUUUUCAUUAUGAUAACUUAUAUUAUUAUACAUAUAUUUCUCGUUUCUUUUUUUAAAGAGGCCUAAAUUUGUCCAACAAAGUUUUUUCGUCAAACUCUCAAGACAAAAUCAAUUGUAAUUAUUGACAAUACAACUGGUGAAAACAAAUAUUUUUUGUAAAUCAAA